GGCCAGACAAAGGCGCCCCUGAGCGCCACCCAAUUCUACGACGUUGACUUCUAUCCCUACACCGCACCCGGCCUGGAUCCUGUUUUCGCCGUCUGCGGGGGCCCCUUUGUUGUCGUGUGCCGCUGCCUCCUCGACAAGAACAACGCCAUUGAGAUUCUGCAGUGGUUCGAGGACGACGAGAGCACCACCGAACAUGGCUCUCCAAACGUCAAGCAAAUGAACUACAACAGCCUGGUAUGGUCCCAGGCCAAGAACGGUGACCCGCUACUGUGCGUGGCUGGCGACGCUCGUAUCAAGCUGCUCAAUGCGCGAACUGGUCAACUGUCGUCGACGCUGAUAGGCCAUGGUGAUUCGGUCAACGACCUCGCCAUAUCCCCCGUGGAUCCCACCAUUCUGGCAUCAGUCAGCAUCGACCACAGCCUCCGCUUAUGGAGUCUGGACCCAGCCCAUGAAAAGCAGCCCCUCGGCGCCAUUUGCUAUGGACAAGGUCACAAAGACCAGGUCUUGACGCUUUCCUAUCACCCCAAGGGCCGUUACAUCCUGACUGCAGGCAUGGAUACUAAGAUCAACUUGUGGGCGGUUCCGGAUGACAUUAAAGCACAUGCCGGUACUGACAAGCCGGCAGUGGUGCAUUACCCACACUUCUCCACUACAGAGAUCCAUACCGACUUUAUAGACUGCGUGCAAUGGUAUAAUGAUUUGGUCUUGAGCCAUGCAUGUCGCGAGGGCAAGAUUGUCCUCUGGAGUAUAGAUCACUUUAGUUCAGACCGCGCCACUACGCCUCCCGCGCCUAUACCCACAUCCAGCGCAGUGGACAGUCGUACGCUUGUCACAAUCCCAGUAAACUCGACGUCCAGCACACGCUCAGCCUGGGGCGGUCGUUUUCAGCGUCUUCUCCAGUUCGACUUGCCAAACACGGAUCAGUUUUACAUUCGCUUUUCUCUUUUUCACGAGCUUGGCCGCCAUCCAAUCCUAGUUGCGGGCAACGAGAAGAGCAAGACAUUCUUCUGGGAUCUUGAAAGACUCGAAAAGUCUGGAACGGGCGAUCUUGGCAUGGGAGAUGAUAGGACCCAUGGAGGAAAAGGAGUCCCGCUCAGCCUGCCUCGACAUGUCCGAGAAGACAGCGCGGGCUCUACGGGCUCUUCCGCCGUCAGUGCUGGCUCUGCUAACACCAAGACGAAGCCGAAGAAAGCAAAGGACAUUGUCCGUGACUGUGGCAUCUCAGACCCUUUCCGCUCCAUCAAAGCCCAUAAGAUUAUCGAGACGCCCAAGUACAAGACUUUUGCGUUCCGUCAUUUUUCAUGGAGCCGUGACGGCCAGUGGUGUGUUGCUGUAGGGGAUUGCGGCACCAUUAACGUCUUCAAUCGCUGGGAGAAUGGGGUACCGCCCGUGCAGCCCGACAAACCCAUACCAAGCGGGUCAGAAAUCAGUCUGUGAACUAGGCUCCUAUAGAAAUUGCUACCAAAUCAUGCAUCGUCCGCGUGGUCAAGCCAUUUCGGGUCAGGCAAAUGGCGUCAGACCAGGGCGUGCUGUUUGACGAGGGCUUGCGCCUGCUUUUGCGCGAGUAUGUAGAUGGUCUGUCUG